AUGAUGAGUGCUGGCGUGACAGCGUAUGGGACGGUCCUGGCCUGUGACCUGGCCCUCUGGGGGUCAGCCUGGGGUGGCACACUCCUGUUAGGGAAGCCCAACGUGGGAGGGGCAGCUUUGGGCUGGCUGUGGGCGCUGGGAGCUCUGAGAUGGGUGCUGCUCCACGGGGUGGCCCUGACGGUCCCGGGCGGGAGGAGUCGCCCCGUCCUGAGGCGCUGGGUGGCAGCGCUGUCCCUCCUGGGCCCUGUGUUUGAGAGCGGGAAGGCGGCGCUGCUGCGGGGGGGGAGCCCGGGCGACCUGAUCCCCGACCCGGGAACGGCGGCCCUGGGCGCGGCCGCCGCCACCGCCGCCUGCCUGUUCUGGGAGCUCACCUUCCCGGACGCCGAGUGGGAGGAAGCGGGCGGGGCCAGGGAGAAGAAGAAGCAGGAGGCCAAGGCGCUGUUCAUGAGGGUGGUCCGCUACUCCAGGCCCGACGCCCUGCACCUGGGUGCGGCCUUCGUCUUCCUCAGCCUGGCUGUGAUCUGUGAGAUGUUUAUCCCUUUCUACACGGGAAGGGUGGUGGACGCUCUGGGCUCCGAGUACGAACACAGCAGCUUCCUGUCAGCCAUCGCGUUCAUGGGGCUCUUCUCAUUCGGCAGCUCUCUGUUCGCAGGUCUGAGAGGGGGCAUGUUUAUGUGUAGUCUGUCCCGACUCAACAAGAGGAUACGACACCUGCUGUUUCACUCCCUGCUGCAGCAGGAGAUUGGCUUCUUUGAGGAAAAUAAGCCAGGUAGCCUCUCGUCUCGCCUGUCCUCCGACACCAACAAGAUGGGCCUCUCCGUGGCCAUGAACGUGAACGUCCUGGUGCGCAGCGUGGUGAAGGUGCUCGGCAUGCUGGGAUUGAUGCUGGGCCUGUCCUGGCAGCUCACCCUGCUCACCUGUGUGGAAAUGCCCCUCCUUGCCUUUCUGCAGAAGACGUACAACACCUACUGCCAGGCACUGGGCCAGGACCUGCAGGACUGCAAGGCAGAUGCCAAGGAGAUGGCGUCGUCGGUCGUAGGGGCGGUGCGGACGGUACACAGCUUCGGCGCAAGGGAGAGCGAGACGCGGCGAUACGAGGAGGUUCUGAGGAAGAUGCACGACAUCCAGUCACGCAAGGGCAUCCUGAGCGCCGUGCACCUCUUACUGCGCCGGCUGGUGACGGUGGGGGUGAAGGUGGUGAUGCUGUUCUACGGCCGUCGACUCAUCGCGUCGGGCCAGCUGAGCAGCGGUGGCCUCCUGUCCUUCGUGCUCUACCAGAAGGACAUGACGUCCAACGUCAAGCACCUGGUCUACAUCUCUGGCGAGAUGCUGAACUCUGUCGGUGCGGCGGCCAAGGUGUUCCAGUACCUGGACAGGAAGCCCAGGCAGAAGGAGGCGGGGCAGCUGGUGCCUUCCAAACUGGAGGGGCGCCUCACGUUCCGUGACGUGACCUUCGCCUAUCCCGCCUGCCCCGAUACACCUGCCCUGAAGGGCGUGUCUCUGGAGCUGAGCCCUGGGAAGAUGACAGCUUUAGUGGGGCCUUCUGGAGGGGGUAAGACCUCCUGCGUCAGCCUGCUGGAGAGGUUCUACGAGCCGCAGCAGGGGGAGGUGCUGCUGGACGGACUGCCCCUGCACAGCUACCAGCACCAGUACCUGCACCAAAAGAUGGCACUUGUAUCCCAGGAUCCUGUGCUGUUCUCCGGCUCCAUCAGACACAACAUCGCUUAUGGCUUGGAGGACUGCUCCCUGGAGAGGGUGAAGGCCGCAGCAAUAAAGGCCAAUGCCCACAACUUCAUAUGUAGCCUGGAGCAGGGCUACGACACAGACGUAGGGGAGUGCGGGAACCAGCUGUCGGCAGGACAGAAGCAGUGCAUCGCCAUCGCCCGCGCCCUGGUGCGAGAACCGAAGGUCCUCAUACUGGAUGAGGCUACCAGCCGCAUGGACGUGGACACGCAGCUGGCGAUGCAGGCAGUCCUGUCUGGUUCCGCGGGCCAGACGGUUCUGGUUGUGGCCCAUCGGCUGAAAACGGUGGAGGAGGCCGACCGCAUCAUCUUCAUGGAGGACGGGACCGUGGUGGAGGAGGGCACGCACCAGCAGCUGAUGGCCAAAAGGGGGCGCUACCACAGGCUGAAAGAGAAGCUCUUUGCUGACUUGGACAGUGCUGAGGAGUCUCUCACUGGGACUGUCGCCAGCUGAGCAGCACAGCUCCUGAGACAUUUACACACACACACUGACUGUACAUCAUUAACGGUAACACUGAACAUUCGCACACACUGUGCGCAACACACUGGUCAUUUGUUACGGACGGUUCUAACAGUAGUGGUUCUGGUCAUGCAGGCACUUGUGAUGUAAUCUGGUGAGUACAGCAUGGAUAGGAUGUGAAUUUUAAGCUGUAAACCGACCCGAGAAAAGUCAGCAACCCCGACCCGACCCAACACUUGAACACAUACGUAGUUCUGUCUCAUUAUCAAAGACAAAAGUUACAUUACGUUAUUAUCAUUUAUCCAGAGCAACUU